GGCUGCUUUUUUUUCUGUUCUAGACGGAAACAAAAUGAAUGAGCAUCCAAAGAAGAGGAAAAGAAAGACUCUGCAUCCUUCACGCUAUUCAGAUUCUUCAGGUUUACCGAAAUACAUAGACAAUAGUGGCAUAUUUUCUGAUCACUGCUACAGCGUCUGUUCUAUGAAACAGUUAGACUUGAAAGUUUCUGAUAAUCGAGGUAGAAUUCCUGCCACAGUACACAGCACAGAUACUGAUGAGGAUGGCAGCCCAGUGCAUGCUGGGACAUCUCAGUGGAGUGGGGCCCAGUCUAAUGUCACGGGGCCACACUAUGUGGACUCUAAAAAGAAAGAUAAACCAGCUAACAAUGGCAUUUAUAAAGACACUUGUGACUCACCUAUCUUCAGUGACACCUUAACCGAAGAAGAAAAACCUCUGGAUAUUCAGACAGUGGAGAUUUCCACGACGGAAGUCCAGGCCGUGGAAGUUCAUGACAUAGAAACUCAGACGGUUUCCCCCGAAAAGCUGGAGGUGGAGGACGCCGAGGAGGUCCCCAGGGAAAGCUGCAAGGUGCCGGGAAAGAACCCUCCUCUGAACAUCACCAUCCAGCCCAAGUGGCCCCUGCUGCGGGCCAACAGCAGCGGCUUGUAUAAGUGCGAACGCUGCACCUUCAACAGCAAGUAUUUCUCUGACCUGAAGCAGCACAUUGUCCUGAAGCACAAGCCAUGCAUCGAGGGCAACGUCUGCCGGGUGUGCAAGGAGGGCUUCUCCUCAAAAAAAGUGCUCGUCGAGCACUUGAAAAUCCACGAGGAGGACCCCUACAUCUGCAAGUACUGCGACUACAAGACGGUGAUGUUCGAGAACCUGAGCCAGCACAUCGCGGACACACACUUCAGCGACCACCUCUACUGGUGCGAGCAGUGCGACGUGCAGUUCUCCUCCAGCAGCGAGCUGUAUCUCCACUUCCAGGAGCACAGCUGCGACGAGCAGUACCUUUGCCAGUUCUGCGAGCAUGAGACGAGUGACCCGGAGGACCUGCACAGCCACGUGGUGAACGAGCACGCCGGCCGGCUGAUCGAGCUGAGCGACAGCUACCACAGCAGGCAGCCGCCGGGGCAGUGCAGCCUGGUCAACAAGAUCAGCUUUGACAAGUGCAGAAACUUCUUUGUGUGCCAGGUGUGUGGCUUCCGGAGCAGGGUCCACACCAACGUCAACCGGCACGUGGCAAUCGAGCACACCAAAAUCUUGCCCCACGUCUGCGACGACUGCGGGAAGGGCUUUUCGGGCAUGCUGGAAUACUGCAAACACUUGAACACGCAUGUAUCGGAAGGGAUUUAUUUGUGUCAGUAUUGCGAAUAUUCCACAGGGCAAAUCGGGGACCUCAAGAUUCACUUGGACUUCAGGCAUUCCGCUGAGUUGCCUCACAAAUGCACGGAUUGCUUGAUGAGGUUUGGCAGCGAAAAGGACCUUUUGAGUCACCUGCAGAUGCACGAAAGUGCUUGAUCGGUUUUGUGGUGUUUUGUUUUUUUC